GCUGCGGCCGGGCGGAGCUGGGCGUGUGCUGUGCGCGGACACGCGGGGACAGACAGCAGCACGGGCCGCUCCACGGCCGCCCCACCCCUGCCGUGCCCAGGCCCGGGCUGGACGGGGCUGGAGCAGCCUGGCGGCUGGAACGUGUUCCCCCUGCCCGCGGCAGGGCUGCAGUCGGGUCACCGUUAAGGUCCUUCCAACCCAAACCCUUGGAUUUUUCAGUGAAACCCCUCCAAACCCAGGGGUUGUCCUGAUGGUUUUUGCUGUUGUGACAGCUCCUGUCAGCGGUGCUUAUUUUGCAGCAUUACCCCAUUAUUUUCCCUCGUUAAUGACACGAGCUCUGAAUUACAAGUGAAGCCGGUGUUCUCACCGCAGACACUCACUAAAAACUACCGGGUGACAAGAGAAACCACGGCAGGAAAUUUCUUUCGAAUAAUCAGAGCACCUUGGAAUAGAUGUGAGCACAAGGCACUGUGCUGGAUAAAGCUGCCUUGAAGCACCAUGGCUGCCGCCCCUUAUCUCAACUCAGACGCGCUGCGAGAGGUCCUGGAGUGCCCCAUCUGCAUGGAGUCCUUCACCGAGGAGCACCUGAGGCCCAAACUGCUGCACUGUGGGCACACCAUCUGCAAGCAGUGCCUGGAGAAGCUCCUGGCAAACAGCAUCAAUGGCAUCCGGUGCCCCUUCUGCAGCAAGAUCACGCGGAUCACCAGCUUGGCUCAGCUCACUGACAACCUCACCGUGCUGAAGAUCAUCGACACGGCUGGCCUGGGGGAAGUGGUGGGACUUCUCAUGUGCAAGGUCUGCGGGAGGAGGCUGCCAAGACACUUUUGCAAGAGCUGUAGCUUGGUUUUGUGUGAGCCGUGCAAGGAGGCUUCGCACAUGCCCCCAGGACACAGAGUCAUGGCUAUCAAAGAGGCUGCUGAGGAGCGUAGGAGGGAAUUUGGGACGAGGCUUGCCAGGCUUCGAGAGCUCAUGGGUGAUCUUCAGAAAAGGAAAGCUGCUCUGGAGGAUGUUUCAAGAGACCUGCAAUCCAGAUACAAAGCGGUUCUGCAGGAGUACAGCAAAGAGGAGCGCAAGAUCCAGGAAGAACUGGCCAGGUCACGCAAGUUCUUCACUACCUCUUUGACUGAAGUGGAGAAGAUAAAUAACCAGGUGAUGGAAGAGCAGGCUUACCUGCUGAACUUAGCAGAAGUGCAGAUAAUGUCUCGCUGUGACUAUUUCCUUGCCAAAAUAAAGCAGGGGGAUAUCGCUCUCCUGGAGGAGGCAGCAGACGAGGAAGAACCAGAACUGACAAACAGUCUCCCAAGGGAGCUGACUCUCCAAGAGGUGGAACUCCUUAAGGUGAGCCAUGUGGGACCACUGCAGAUUGGGCAGGUGGUGAAGAAACCCCGGACCGUUAACGUGGAGGAAUCUCUCAUGGAAAAUGCAGCAUCCUCCUUUGUACCAUUUAGGGAGCCUGACCUGGUGCAAGAGGAGCCCAGCUGCACCCCCCAUUCCUCGCCAGCCAAGCCAAGGAUGCCUGAAGCAGCCACAAGCAUCCAGCAGUGUUCCUUCAUCAAGAAGAUGGGCUCCAAGGGCAGCUUGCCAGGGAUGUUCAACCUCCCCGUCAGCUUGCACGUCACCAGCCAAGGCGAGGUGCUUGUGGCAGACCGGGGCAACUUCCGAAUCCAGGUUUUUACCCGCAAGGGCUUCCUGAAGGAGAUCCGCCGGAGCCCCAGUGGCAUCGACAGCUUUGUGCUGAGUUUCCUUGGAGCAGACUUGCCCAACUUGACCCCUCUUUCUGUCACCAUGAACUGCCACGGGCUGAUCGGUGUGACAGACAGCUACGACAACUCUGUCAAGGUGUACACCAUGGAUGGCCACUGCGUGGCGUGUCACCGCAGCCAGCUGAGCAAGCCCUGGGGCAUCGCCGCGCUGCCCUCAGGCCAGUUCGUCGUCACUGACGUGGAAGGGGGGAAGCUCUGGUGCUUCACCGUGGACCGUGGCAUGGGGGUGGUGAAGUACAGCUGCCUGUGCAGUGCUGUGCGCCCCAAGUUUGUCACCUGCGACGCUGAAGGGACCAUUUACUUCACUCAGGGGCUGGGGCUCAACCUGGAGAACCGGCAGUACGAGCACCACUUGGAAGGAGGCUUCUCCAUCGGCUCCGUUGGCCCAGAUGGGCAGCUGGGACGCCAGAUUAGCCAUUUCUUCUCUGAGAAUGAGGAUUUCAGGUGCAUUGCUGGGAUGUGUGUUGAUUCCAGGGGAGACCUGAUCGUUGCUGACAGCAGUCGUAAGGAAAUCUUGCAUUUUCCUAAAGGAGGCGGCUACAACAUCUUAAUUCGGGAGGGACUCACCUGCCCAGUGGGUAUUGCUGUUACUCCCAAAGGGCAGCUGCUGGUGCUGGACUGUUGGGAUCAUUGCAUAAAGAUCUACAGCUACCACCUGAGAAGAUACUCCACCCCUUAAAGGCUUGGUUGUAAGCAAAGCCUGUCUUGGCAGUGGAGAUUCUUGCAGACUCCUCGCAAUCCGACUGGAACCAGUGUCAAGCCUUCAGGAAGAUUGUGCCAUAACUGAAGGGGAUUUGGCAUAGAGGUCAUCAUGUUCUGUGUUUAGAAACAAAAUCGCUUUUGUGGUGGUGGUGUUGGUCUUUUUCUUCUUCUUUUUUAUAUAAAAUCCAUACAAAUAAGAACAAGCGUGAUGGAAAGGAUCCAUCCUUUGCAGUCUUGGUUCUUGUGACUAGUAACUCCAUAAACCUCUUCACCUCCUUAUGCCACACAACUCCUACACUUCCAGCUUCAACCAUUGUGUCUUUCUUUGUGCCAUAAACACUGACUGACUGCUCUAAAUCACCUUCCCGUAGAGAACUAGCAGAGGCAAUCCUGUGGUACUUGCAAGGAACUGGGUAGCAGUUGUCUGGGCAACUCCUGGAGAGAGCAAUUUGUGCUUGCAGCACUGCAUAAAACGAAAUGGCCACUUCAGCCACACGGAGAUGAAGCUGUGCUUCCACCCUGACGAGGCAGGGUUGUCUCUCCCAUUUUUCUGGUGUUCAGGAGAUUGCCCCGUCGUGCCAUUUGUGAAUUGUGUCUGUUCUGUGUGAAGUGAGUACUGUGCAAUCGUGGGAGACCGAGCUGAGCCAGAAAAUUGCCCUUUUUAUUCCUGAGUUGUAAGAAGACAGGGGUUUUAUUACUAAUCAGAGUUCUGCUAGAUAGAAAGGGGUAAAAAGGGAGGGGGCUGGAGAAAAAAAAAAAAAAAAAAAGAUGGGAAGCCUAGGGUUGCUAUUUACUGUUGUUUUACUAUUAAAUGUAUCCUGGAAACUGUCUUUGGAAGGUCUAUCUGAUAUCUAAAAAUUCCUGGGGAAGAGGGGAAGAGCUGGCGGAAUAAGAAUGGGAGAUUGUAGGAAAUGAGAUUAAAUGCAACGUAUUGUAUGUUCACCUGCACUUCACUACUCUGCAUUCCAGACCACUGCCUUUAGCAAUAGGUUUCCACUCAUCUGCAUCUCCUCUGUGCAAGUUACUCACUUCUGAGAUAGGGAUGGGCAGGGGAGACUAUUUCACUUCUAUUUUUUAAGAUCUGGAAGCACAUCCAUUGGUACACUGCCUUUUUUUUCCCUUGCACAGCAAAACACUACAUUCCUCUUUUUUUUUUUUUUUUUUUUGGUAAUUUUUUUUUUUUUUUUUUUUUUUCUUUGUAAUUCUUUUUUCCACGACACCAGCAGGCACCAGCGUUUCUGCUCAUCAAGGCUUUGGGCCAAAUGAAGCACAAAACUGCAGCUGUGUGAACCAAGGCCCCCACAGUGCUGCUCUCCUGGCUGAUAAAUGUGUACCUCAGUGUGGUGCUGCUCUCCCAGAAUAGUUUAUUGAAGGAAAGAUGCAUUUAAAUAGGGCACAGUGGUAGCAUGUUAAUCUGCCACAGAUAAUAGUUACACUGCAGUGCAUUUAUUUGUUGCCAUCAACAACAUAGUUGCAAAUUUGGAGCCAGGACAGAUAAUAUAAAUGCUGAUUUUAUAGUGGCUGCCAUGCUCCAGCAAAUUGUUUGCUACUUGUCCUACAACAUGUUUGCAACAGGUGAUUUUUUUUUUUUUAAGCCCAUUUACUUUUCCCUGCUGAAAACAGCAAAGAGGAACAGGUUGGUGAGCUGCUGCUGCUGCUCUAGCUGGAUGUUUGGCAGUUAAAGGGAUUGCAGAAAAAAUGCUGGAAGCAGGUUUUGGUGGGAUUUGGGGUUUUUUUCCCUCUCUUUGUUGAGCUCAGCCAGUGCUGAAGGAGUGAGCACACAAACAGAGCUGUGUGAUGGAGCUUCCAUCAGGGCAACUUCCAGUUUCUCCUGCUGUAAUGUACUGGAAAAAGCUUGUGGAGAAGGGAGCUAAGACACGAGGUGGUUGAUGGUGCUGAGGCAGCCCAGGGGACCCAGCUCCCCUCCUGAGCUGCUCCGUGUGCUUGCCAAAGCUACCAACUUUACAUUGCUAUUCACAUUCCCUGCCUCUCUUUUUUGGGUGGGAGGGGGGAGUUGCCCAAGGCAUGUGACAGCAAUUUGAGGAGCCUUUCUCAUCUUGAAUAUGUGUUUUGAUGAGGUGAUGAUGAUUACUGGGCUGUGCUGCAGUUCAUGACAUUGUAACUGAAGGCAUUCUUCCAAUUUUAUGGCAGUGGCAGUUCCUCUCCUUCUGGUUUCUUUUAAAUAUUUCUCCUGCUUCCAAGAACUGCUCCACACAGGAGGCUACCAUGGACCUGAAUAAUUAAAGCAAUAUUAUCUGUGAUAAUAUGUACCUCUGUAAUUUUUGUUCCCGUGGAUUUUUUGUUUUGUUUUUUUUUUGCAAUAAACAGCACAACUACUAGCAAUAACAUUUCCUGGAGUGCUUGAAAAAAAUUUUGAAAAAAUUAAAAGCUGGUGCAGUAAACUGAGUAGUUGGUUAUUCCAGCCUAUUCCUGGUUACAGAGUUCAAACAAAACGUCUGUCAUCUGUUUCUCACUCAGAGGAUUAAGAAAAAUAACACCACCCUGUGAGGCACUGGUGGUCCAGGACACUGCAGUCGGCUCUGUCUUGCCUGCAGCUCUUCCAGUCUGAGGUUUCAGGAAGAAAAGGGAAAAAGAAAACCUGCUGUCCCUCACCCAGGGUCUGCACAUCCCCUGACAAGACUUGACUGUGAGAUGAUUUUACAGAGCUCUGUUUGCUGUGGUGCUCCCACACAGUGUCAUGAUCAUCUGCCAAACGAGGUGAAAUGGAGUAAUUAAGGAUUAUGUUGAAAUAGUUUGGCUCCUGCUCUGUAUCUGGAGGAAGAGCUUGUCUGGUCAUACGUAUGUGUUUGGUUUUUAAAGAUUGUGUAAUAAAGGAAAAAUUGAUCCAAUUAAAAGUGCA